GCUGUUUUGGUAUAUAUGGUGCCCACCGUAGGGCUUUCAUCUUUUGAACUUGGAAUUUUUGUUUUCCGAGGGGUGGCCAUCGCCUGCCUGUUUCCAGGUAGCUACCUUUACCAGCUCAGCACAGCUAACUGUGAUGAUGGUCAUCUAUUCUUUUCCUACUUGGGAGCUUGUUGGGGAAACAUUACUCAGCCCGAGUGGCAGAUAAACACACUUGUAGUUUGAGAAGUGGGAAUUGUCAGCAGGAUCCAGAAAAGGACGGAGGUUUGUUCCCUAUAUACACAGCAGGUGGAAAUAUCUCGUGAUUUGGUUCAGUUACCAAUCAAUUUCUGUGGUGUGUCCUCUGGAAUGCCAGGUGAUGGACUAUGUUACAUCUCCCUGCAUCUGUUCCUUUGAGACAUUGGUUUGCUCCACUCCACCCACAAGUGGAACCAUACGGAC